AUGUUAAAAUUACUCUUUCUUGCCUUCAUUUCUUUUGGAGGAAGUCUUCCAGCGAAGGGUCUUUAUGAAGAAGACACAGAUUUCGUCCAAAUUCUUACUCAGGAGACAUUCAAAGAAACGCUAGAAGCUCAAGAGGAGAAGAAUCAGUUCUGGAUCGUCGAAUUUUACGCCUCCUGGUGUGGCCAUUGUGUCCAUUUCGCACCGACAAUUAAAGAAUUCGCAAAGGAAAUCAAAGAUUGGGGAAAACUCGUCAAACUUGGUGUAAUCGAUUGCGGAAAUCCAGAUAAUGGCGAUAUCUGCCGAGAGAAUCAAGUUCAUGGCUUUCCAACGAUGAAAUACUUCCUGCCAAACGACAGACUCUACGAUCAAAAAGAAAAUACGCUCGAAGCUCGAUCCACAGCCGCUCUUAAAGAAGAAGCACUGAAAAUCGCGCUAGAAAAAAAUGUUGCCCAUGAAAAUGGUCUUGGGAGAUUCUUAUCUCUUGAAAAAAUUGAAGGGGCUGCUGUUAAUGAUGUCGUCGAACAAAAUUCAGAGGAUGGCAUUUUCACCGCAUUAGUUGCUGCUCCUUCUGAUAUGGCACUUGCUGAUGGUUCAACGAUGGAUCUACUUGCUGAUUUGACCUCUCUCUCUGAAAUCUCUAUAAGAUUGACAGAUGAAGCUUCGGUGAAAAAAUGGCCAGAAACUAAAGGAGCCAUCUUAUUAAUCCUUGAGAAGGACGCAGUGAAAAUGAAAAUCGAACUAUCAGACGCAACAUCACGCGCCGAAGUCCUCGAGCUUCUUUCUUCAACUCUCAAAACCGAAAAAUAUUCCUGGAAAAAUGUCGUCGUUGCAUCAUCUCUGAAAAGCGCUGCCGCUGCAAACGACGAUGCCUGGGCGAAAUAUGAUCAAAGCAAAGUUUACCUACAAGAUAUUGAAUCCGCUCUUCUUCAGUUGCUUUUUUACGAUGUCAGUAGCUUCCCACUGGAAGGAGAAGCGCUUAGUGCAAUAAAAAAAUAUGUCAAAAUUGUUUCCCAACUUUAUCCGCCGACAAGUCGAAGCAUAGAUGUGGACCUUCGAAACUUAUCAUCAGAGCUGGAGACAGUCUCGAAGAUAAGAAAACGAAAGGAAUGGAUAGGAUACCUUGAUAAAGCUGGAUUGACAAAGCUUCAAGGAUCUCAGCCAACUUUAUCAUACGCUGCUUGUACACCUAGUGUCGAAAAUCUAAGAGGCUACACAUGCGGCUUGUGGACCUCCUUUCAUCUUUUCGCGAGUCUGGCUUCAGACGAACAAGCUUCCACCUUCGCAGAAGCGAUGUCAGAAAUGAUUCUCAAUCACUUCUCGUGCCUUGAGUGCCGAGAAAAUUUCAAAAAGGAAAUCGAGCAAUUCCCACUUGCUGGAGUAACCGAUCACAACUCGGGUGUGAAAUGGCUUUGGGAGCUGCAUAAUUCUGUGAACGCAAGGCUCGCUGGUGAGCCUUCCGAGGAUCCGAAAUUCCCAAAGAUGCAGUAUCCAUCUGGCGAAGAAUGCGUAUUCUGCAAGACAGCGGAUGACUUUCAAAUGGAAGAAACGCUCAAAUAUCUUGACUUUCAUUAUUCUAAAGAAAACCUUGUCCUCGCUGAUGGUGAGAAAAUGGUGGAUAAUGAUAGAAUGGAAGAUGAUGCUGAUGAAGUUGUUGAAGCUAUCAAAGAUAAGCCAAAAUGGAUGGUGGAGCACGAAAAGGAGCUGGCGCGAACAACAGAACCGCCAAAAGUAGACCUGAAAAGCUUCGCUCACGAACGACACGAAGAAUCUCGCCAGACAACCCUCGAAGAUUUGUUCAAAGAGCUACAUAAAAUUGGCUACGACGCGAACGAAAUCGAUCACAUUUUGAACAAUAAUCCGCAUGCGACGCUGGAAGACAAAAUUCGAAUGCUAAAGAAAAAGGUUGAAGCCUUUUUGAUUUAUCGGAAGAGCAAGAUGGCGAGAGAGAACCAGGAUAUGAAAAUAAUUGACGAGUUAUCGAAAGAUCCUGAAAUUCCUCUUUCUCAUCGGACAGUGCUCUUUGCGGAGCUUGCAAAAAUGAACCAAAUUCGCAAAGAAGUUGAAGAGGAGUUCCAGUUCAUCGGCUUUUCAGUCCUAGACACUUAUUUCUGUAUUUUCCUCUGGACGGCAUCUACUUCUAUUCUCCUAUGGUUCUACUGUGGUUUUAACUGCCGCUGUUGCUACGCUAGACGUAAACCUAUUUACAGAUUUCAACGAAUGUAG